CGCCGCGGCGGGCCCCGCCGCACAGCUGACGACGCCGCGCAUCUUUUUUUUUGCGGGGGCGAUGGUGCACCGGCGACGAGCGAGGUGCUGGCGACCCCGGAUCCCGGACGGCUUCUAAAAAGUCCUAAACGACGACCUCGAGGUUUAACGUCGUGCGAAAGGAGCAAGCCGGUUGCGUCGCAGGGUGAUGGCCGGCGACGCGGCGUGGUUGAGACGAGCACGCUGCUUCCGAAGACACCGCAUCUCCUGAUCGACGAUUAUUUAGUCGCGGUGUCUACUUGUCGGUCGCCAUGGCGGCUACCAUCACCCGAAUCCCGUCCGAACCGCGAUACGUCGACAGCUUUUUCUACAAGUACGCGCUGUCCGUGGCCGCCGCAUCUGUGGCCGAGACGACGACCUACCCACUGGACAUCGUGAAGACGCGAUUGCAGGUCCAGGGGGAACUGGCCGCCAAGGGUCAAAUAGUCGACCGACGAGGAUUCUUCAAGACUGCUGCAGGCAUUGUGAAGGAAGAAGGCGUGCUGAAGCUGUGGAAGGGGCUGCCGCCAGCCAUCUACCGGCACCUCAUCUACAGCGGCUGCCGGAUGAACUUCUACGAGAGCAUGAGGGACCGGUUCCUGCGGAACAAGGACGGCACACGCGCGCCCCUCUGGAAAUCUGUCCUCGUGGGGGUGGCAGCGGGCGGCAUGGGCCAAUUCCUGGCCAGCCCAACAGACCUGGUCAAAGUGCAGAUGCAGACAGAGGGGCGCCGCGCUCUCAUGGGACUGCCACCCAGGGUAACGGGCACUUGGCAAGCACUCAAGAAGAUUGCCUCAGAAGGUGGGAUCCGGGGCCUCUGGAGAGGGGCUGCUCCAAACGUCUACCGGGCUGCGCUCGUCAACCUCGGCGAUCUGACAACGUACGACACAGGAAAACGGCUACUCCUGCAGCAUACGAACCUCAAGGACAACUAUUUCACUCACUCACUCGCCAGUGGCAUGUCUGGCCUGAUAGCAGCAACCCUGGGGACACCUGCUGACGUGAUCCGCACGAGGGUCAUGAACCAGCCGACAGACAAACAGGGAAGGGGCCUGCUGUACAGCUCUCCGCUAGACUGCCUACUCAAGACUGUGCGGGGCGAGGGAUUCAAGGCUCUCUACAAGGGCUUCUUCCCCAUCUGGGCGCGCAUGGCACCAUGGUCUUUCACGUUUUGGGUCACGUACGAGGAGUUCAGACGUUUCGCCGGCGUCCGCUCAUUCUGAAGACGGCAGGCCCAGCUGACUUCUUCAGACCCACAAUCCCAUGUUCCUGCCUGACUUUGUUUUGCAUUGUUUUUCAUUCCUCUUCGUAUCAGAAAGAGAAAAAGAGCACUGUGGUCAUAGCUCUUCGCUGGGAGCCACUGCCGGCACGAAGCGUGUGCAGUAUUCUACAACCUUACGUUCAUUUCGCCACCCCUCGGUGCACUUGCUAGAGGCCAUGCAACCCCAUCACAUUCUAUUUAGUUAUUGUUGUUCUCGUAGUUGUUAUUGUUACUGUUGUUUUGGAUGCGUAUGGGAGUUUGCGGAUGACAGCUUGAUUGGGUCAGGUGUGGCUUGUAGAGCAGAGGAUGCGUUUGUCCGAUAUCACGCAAGCUCGGCUGCGUGCGUACAGCGCAGCUGUGAUGCCAGGUGGUACUUGUGCGAGUGAUGUAGCCGUUUACUCUAAACAAUUGUCACGUUGCGUCACAAUUGCGUUGCAACGGUCACGAUAGAUCAUUUUCGUUGGCCAGUAGCCAUUUUUACUAUGAUGUUCAGGAAGCAUUCAGGGCGUUGUGGCAAUCGAUUCUUGGAGAUGUUUAUGAUAUUUUUGCUUCACUGUGACGUUGAACGGAUGCGGUUGCUGCCUCAGGCCUUUAUUUUUCUACUUGAGGAAUGAUCAUUGAGUGGUAUACAAGCUCUGCAACACGUUUGGUAACGAUGAGAGUUACGUACUGUUGAGCUGUUUCUUGCCUAAAGUUAGGCGGCUGUGCAAUGCUUGAUGGCUGGUAACAUUGAAAAGGCCUUGUGUUGAUGGGUUGGGAUUAGCGAGUUUUCUUACAUUUAAUUGUGUACAUUGUGUGUUUUGUUCCUUUAGUGCUGUAUUCCUUGCUUGUGAGGCUUGCUUUUUUUUUUAGAUUGCUUUUUGCUCAAGUUUCCUGUGGUAGUCGGAGUUUUUCGUGGCAUUUUGCAUUGCAUGCAACUCAGCGUCGUAAAAUGUUUCCCUUCCGCCUGAUUAUGAGGAGUUCACUGUCCACUUAAGGAGUAUUAUUUGAUGCCAAAAUAUCAAACUUGUCAGACUGGAAACAGUCAUUAUCAUACAGUGUAUGCAGAGACGAAAAGAGGGGUAUACGCGUGCGCUUCAAAUGAGCAUUGUUCAAAAGAUGAGAAUUUUCUGUACGGUGCGCUAGUUUCUGUGUCAUAUCUUACCUAUCAAAGUAUUUCUUACUGUAUGAAGUGUUAGCAUUUUUUUAGUGUUUAUAUAAUUCAUGUAUAGAAAGUGUUUGCUGCUGUACGAAACGUUCCUUGUUUCAGUA